AUGGCGCCUCGGGACCCUUCUCCGGUGCAUGUGCCUCUACGAACCUCCAGCCGAACUCACCUCAAGACCGGAGCCAUGGAGAAACACGACGAGGUUGCUUAUGUCGAGCGGAAAGCCUCCAAGGCACAACGCAUCCUGGGCACCGACUUGCCUCUCCCUAAUACCCAGACCGCAUGGGAGAAGUCGCAAAAAUCCCGCCGACAGAGCGUUCGGACCCCCGACGGCAACUCGAGACAGCAGAACCAGCAUUCCGGGUUCGCAGCAUUUCCUUCGUCUCGAGACUCGAUCGCCCCGCCUCCGAAUCUCCGCGUUCGUGCCUCGUCGCCGUUGCUCGGUCAUAACUAUCGAUCCCAAGAACCAGUACCGCCAAUGCCCAAGCCCUCCAAGAAGGUCCACCAAUCCGGAUCUUCAUCCACUCUUUUCUCCUAUUUCAGCUCCAAAGAAUCGACCAAAUCCAACUCGAAAUCCAGCCCGACCACUCCUAAACAACACAGCCUGCAACCUCAUAUCCGUCAUGAGCUGGGGCUGGACCCUCAAGUGACGUACAAGCAAUCUCGCAGUGCAGCAAAGGAACAAGAAAAGGAAAAGGACUCCAAACGCAAGCUGCGCCCUCCCCGCAUUGACCUGUCGAUCCUCUUCCCGAAACCUCGAAAUACUGCCCCUCCACUCCUGUCACCUCAGCGUAUGACCAACUCGCCUUCCCCGGUCUCCACCGUCGUUUCAGACUACCCCUCCAACCGGAUGGACCGAGGUGCAAGUGUCUCUGCGAAGAAGUUUGGAGAGCCUCUGCCGCAGCGGAAAUCGGUCAUUCCAAAUGAAGGUCCCAAGCUAAACGGCGACCGCUCCGAUCUGCUUUCCAUUCCCGAAUCGAAGGACGGCGAGUGGUAUGAUCAACCGCUUGAGCGGACUGUGGGGACGAGCGAGAUUGACCUUGCCCUGGACCGAUAUGCCGGACGACGGUCGUUGUUCAGUCGCUCGAGUGUGUAUACGACCAGUCGAGAGCAGCUGAAACCCGAUACUCAUCGUCCUGCGGAAACCGGAAUCGCGGCUCGCAGAGGCCAAGCACCAGCUCCCAUCCAAAAUAAAGAUCUGUAUUUGAUACCGACCACGCAGCCGAAAGAGACAAGUCGCCAUCGUGCCUUGACAACCGAGUCUAAUAACUCGCGUGGUGGAAAGAGUGCGGUCAGCAAAAAGAGUAGCAAGAGCACCUUGCGGAACAAGGAUUUGCAGAAUUCCAGUGUUCUCUGCCUGUCAUCGUCAGAAGAUGAGGAUGAGGAGACACCAGUGAAUCAGCAAGGCAAGGCCACCAAAGACUCUCGCCGAAGCAGCGUGGCCACGUACGGUGAAUAUGAGCCGGAAAUCUAUACUGCGCGCGCUGCCCAGGCUGCCAUUGUCAGAAAGGUUGACCGGGCGCCGUCCACCAGCAGCCGCGGAUCUCAUCCCAACAACACACGUAGUCAGUCAAAUCGCAGACAUACUUCCAUCGCCUCCACCGGCAAGUCAUCAACAACCACUCGCCGCACCGCAAAUUCCAAACGGUCCAGCCACAUUCCCAUUAUCGCCGAACCCGAUAUCCUCAACCAGUUCCCACAACAGCCUCUCCGUACUCCUCAAGAAUUGAAGGAGAUCAAUCGACGAAGCAGAGUCAUCGCAGUGACCCGCCAGGAGCAGGAUCUCCUCGAAGCGAUGCGUCAGCGAAAAGGCAAGAUUACACCGAGUAUCUUCCAGUACAACAACGGUGCGCCAGAAACCGAUCGUAAUUCGAUGGCCUCGGGCCCGUCGCGAGACUCGUUUUGCGGCUCCGAUACGUCCUUCCUGCGCCUCAGCGCUGCGUUCCCGCCGUUCCAUUCGCGGACAGAUCAAGGUGCAACUCACAUGGACAAAGACGGUUCUCCCUCGCAGAUUCAGUCCGGGCUAUUCCGAAAGUCUUCCAUCACCUGCCACGAGCGGUGCUUCACCCCUUACGCCAACCCUCCCAAUCCACCGAUUCUCACCGCUACCCUCGCCGAAGCCUCCUCCCCGUGGUCCUCCCCCGCCAUCCCGGAGGACCAGAAGCGGCACUCCCGGCGUCGUACUGAUAGCAGCGAAGCUAUCAUGCUAAACGGCAAUGGUGAGCCGCAGCGCAAACACGACCUCCCGCCUUGGUCAUUCGACUUUGAUUGGAAUCACGACCGGGCGAGUGUGGCCCCCGUGUUUUAG